AUGGGGGCCAUCCUCCGAUAUGCGAUUGGUGGUACCUUCAUCAGUACUGCAGUAAUGCUGGUUGUUAUAUAUGUUGCCGUUAUGGAUAUCGUCAGUGAUAUAAACGAUUUUCGAGUUGGAAUUGGAAAGGAUCUCAAUCAGUUCAAGAUUCAUACUGACGAGGCUUGGAAUACGAUGAUGAAAUCUAAGCCGCAGAGAUCGGAUAUGGUUUCCCACCUGCGUAUCAAGAAAGGAGCAGAAAUAUAUCUGAACGUGAGAAAUCGCCGUCAGGGAGGACAUGUUGGAGGAGGCGGUGGAGGUGACAGUUAUUUUGUUCCUGUCGAAGAAGCUACUGGCGGGGUCAGAUGUCAUUGUGCAGCUCAAUCCACUGGUUGCCCACCUGGACCUCCUGGACCACCCGGACAGCCGGGAUUGCCUGGAGAAGACGGUGAGCCGGGGCAAUUUGGACGUGAUGGCCAACAUGGACAAUCUCAAGGAUCACAAUUAAGCGGGUGCAUUCCUUGUCCAGCAGGACCGCCAGGUCCACCUGGACCAGAUGGAGACCCGGGACCUGUUGGGCCGAGCGGCAACCCAGGACAAGAUGGACAAGGAGGCACUGGAGGUGAACCUGGUCCACCUGGGCCACCCGGCAAUCGUGGAGCAGAUGGAAACCCUGGAGCACCCGGAAGAGACGGUGAACCUGGCACACCAGGGACACGUUCAUACUCACAACCAGGUCCUGUCGGACCACCCGGACCACCAGGACCACGAGGGCAACCGGGUGAAAGUGGCUUGAACUCAGGCAGUGGAGCACCCGGACCGGCUGGGACUCCAGGACCUCCUGGAAAUCCUGGAAGGCCAGGACAGCCUGGAGGUGUUGGACAACGGGGGGUAGAGGGGUCACCAGGCUCGGAUGCUGCCUAUUGUCCUUGCCCACCAAGAACUGGUGCUGGAGGUGGAUUCAACCAACCAGUUGGAGGAGGAGGAGGUGCCUUGAACGUAUACACAGGACCGAAACCCGCCGGAGCAGGAGGUGGAGGUGCCUCAAACGGUGUGUACGACGGACCUAAACCAGUUGGGGCAGGUGGAGAUGCCUUACAUCACACACCUGUUGGAGGUGGAGGCAUUUCUACCGGCAGUGAUGUCGAAACAAGAAGAGCUGGUGUCGAAACACCUGGAGGAAACGAAGGCAAUGAAUGGUCUACCGCGCCAGUUGGUGGAGGUGGUGGUGAUGGAGGACAUCCUGACGAUGGAUGGCACACUGCACCCAUUAAUGGAGCUGGCGAUGACAUCAGAGCGCCCGGAAGAAAUGCAGAUCAUGAUUCGCGUACGACAAACGUGGAUGGCGGUGGUAGGGAUGACAUAAAACCACCAGGAAGACGUCCCGACGGAUGGACCCCACACGAUGGUGGUGGAGGCGGUGAGACCAACGCACUAGAAGGAGGUGGAGGCAACGAGUGGCAUAAUCCUGCUGUUGGUUCUGGAGGAGGUCCACAAAGGAAACGCCGUGCGCGUGUGCACUAG